AUGACAUCCAAAGAAGUGGCCAAAUGCGAUGCGGCGGGGGAGGGCAGGAGGCGAAGCCCGCUGGACCACUUGCCGCCUCCCGCCAACUCCAACAAGCCGCUGACCCCCUUCAGCAUCGAGGACAUCCUGAACAAGCCGUCGGUGAAGCGCGGCUACGGCAUCUGCGGCACGGCGCACCUCCUCGCGUCCGCGGAGAAGCACCGGCCCGCCGGCCUGCCGCUGUCCGGCCGCGCGCUGCUCACCCAGACCUCCCCGCUCUGCGCGCUGGAGGAGCUGGCCAGCAAGACGUUCAAGGGGCUGGAGGUCAGCGUUUUGCAGGCUGCGGAAGGCCGGGACGGGAUGACCCUCUUCGGCCAGAGAACCACCCCGAAGAAGCGGCGGAAGUCGCGGACGGCCUUCACCAACCACCAGAUCUACGAGCUGGAGAAGCGCUUCCUGUACCAGAAGUACCUGUCCCCGGCCGACCGGGACCAGAUCGCGCAGCAGCUGGGCCUGACCAACGCGCAGGUCAUCACGUGGUUUCAGAACCGGAGGGCCAAGCUAAAGCGGGACCUGGAGGAGAUGAAGGCCGACGUGGAGUCGGCCAAGGCCAUCGGCCAGGUCCCGCUGGACAAGCUGGCCAAGCUGGCGGACCUGGAGAAGUGCGCCAACGGCACGCUGGGCCACCCGCGCGCCGAGUCCCCCGCGCGCGGAGGCCAGCAGGAGCGCGAGCUCGCGCAGAAACUGCGGACGUCGCCGCUGUCCCCCUUCUCGGACCACACAACUAGCAAGGAGUGCUCGGAGGACGAGGACGUGGAGAUUGACGUGGAUGACUGA